UUUAUAACCUUAAAGACAACCCUAAACCAAAAUAUUUACUAUGUUACACCCACUAUAUUUACGAUACACACAUUACAUAAAAUUUUACACUAGCUUGCCAAACACAUAAAAUACAACCAUAUUAAAAGCUUUAUAUCUAUUGACAAUGAUAAUUAUCCAACAAAAUCAUAAAUUUUAAACCGAGCAACCCGCCACAAACCACUAGUGAAUAAUAAACCCUAAUUACCAGGAGCUUCGAUAUCAGGAGCUUCUCUCCAGUGACGACGACAAUGAUGAUCUCUCGUCGAUUAGCUUCCAGAUUCCUUAAACCCUUGUCUUCUUCUUCUUCUUCAUCCCUCAACGCCUCUCUUCAUCACCAUCUCCACUCCUCUUCUCCUAUAAGAAACCACUUGAUCCACGGAUCUGAAAUUAACAAACUAAGUCUCUUAAGAUCCUUCUCUGCUUUGGAGAAGCUGCGAUCUGAAACAUGGUCGUCAACGAAGUACUUCUCAACACCGAGCGGGGACCUCAACCCAAACCCAGAGGAGGAGCCCAAGAUGAAGCACCAGGAGAUCGAAGGCCCAAUGGUGGAACGCGACGUGUCAGCGCUAGGGUACGAGACGAGACAAGUCUUCGAAGGGAUGAUGAAGAACAUGUACAGUCUAAGCGGAGCCAUGGGUCUUCUCGGUUUAACUCAAUUGAUCGUCGGAGGGACUAUUCUCUACGUUACUCGAUCGAAUCGGAUGCACGAGAUGACGAUUCAGAGCUGCGUGGCGUUCGGGUUCCCGUUCGCGGUAGCGUUGAUGCUGAGACGGUCGUUGAAGCCGAUGUAUUUCAAGAAGAUGGAGGAAGCUGGGAGGUUGCAGAUUCUGACUUUGACGCUACAGGUUGCUAAGAAUCUCAAUGUAUUGUUCGUUAGAGCUCGUGUCGUGUCUAUCUUGUGCGUUGCUGGGUUGUCUUGUGGAAACGUGUUCCUCUUGUUGCCUCCAUGAAAAUGGAGCAAAUAUAUACAUUUUUAUUGUUCUUUUAAUAUCAUUACAAAAGAACACGUUAUCAAAUAGGUUUUGAGAAUGAUUAUUUAUA